UCCCCUCCUAAAACCAAACAGAAACGCUUCAACAAAAAAUUGAUCAAAUUUGCUAUCCUGAUCUCCAGCUCAUCAAUCUCAUCCUUAUACAUAUUCUCUUAAUCUCCUCAAUACCAAGAAUACUAGCUAUCAUAUCCAUGGAAAGGCCAGAGGGGUAUCCAGUAGUAGAUGCUACAGAAAUCGAUCAGCCAUCAAACUCCGGCGCAUCAUUUCUCGGCACCAAGAAUGAUAUGUCACAACUAGAAAGCGGUCUACUUCGAAGAAACUACAGCGACGUGGGUGAAAAAAACUACUACAGAUUCCAAUCAAAAGUUGGUAAGUUAGUUGAUCCGAGGUUGCUAGCGUUGGUAGAGUUCUUCAGGGAGCUCUACUUCCGAAGACUAGAGCUGUUCAAGAAAAUAUUUCCGGGGCGUCCCGAUAAGUUUCUGGACGAGAUGCCAAAGAAAUUGAACUUGGUUUUAUCACAAGUGAAAUCGGCUCAGACGACCAGGGAUCGGACCAUGCAAAGGAGUCUGAGCAUUGGCUCGCCGCGUGAAUUCAAACGAGACGAGUCGGAAAUGAGGCUGGAGCGAUUCAAGGUCAGAACUAUUGAUGUGGAUGAUGGUGUUGAACAAGGUGUGCCGGAUGAUAAAACCAAGUCCGGGGGCUCAAAGUGAACAGCAAGAACAACGUGGAAAUGGUCAAUGCACGUUGUGUUGGAGAAUAUUUUGGAUUUUUUUGAAGGGAUAUUCUUGGUAGGGAAAAGAGAUCAAAGAAAAAGCCCAAUGGGCUUUCCAGCUAAAGCCCAGUUCUGCUUCCAUGAAUAAGGGUGUAGUUGGAAUGCAAUUUUAUUAUUAUUUUUAUUUUUUUGGUACAGAAAAUUUUAUUUAUUUUUCGGUACAAAAGAGUGCCUAUUUCUUCAUUACUUGGUUACCCAUUGUAAAUAUAUAAAAGGAUUUUUAAUAGUAUAAUUUUGGUUUGGAGAUUGACAA